GGAGAUCUUGUAAAAGAGGAAUAGAAAUGAAAACAGCUGGGGGUAUUGCUCGUAAACUUUCGCCUUAAUGACCGAGCUCUCGCGAGAAUGACCUUACCACCGAUCCAAAAGUGCAAAAAGAAGGGCUGGCUCCGCGCCUUACGGUAGUCUGUUUGCCGAUCGAAAGAAGGCAGCGCCCGGCAAUUUUGCUUCUCAGAAAAGAGUACAGUCGUAUUUUGCUAAAGUAGUAGGAAAGACAGACACAGCCAAGAAGUACAAAAGCAGGAAAGGUAUUAUCCAGCCUUGCCAUGCUAUUGAGGUAACAUCCAGUAUUGGCUAACCAUUAAACCUAGUGGAGCGACCAAACAGCUUAGUUCUACGAAGCCAGUCUGUUGGGAGGGUAGCAUCAGGAAUCUCCGGUUGAUUGAUUGACUCGGCGAAGUGAGAGAGAGCGGGUCUUGAGACUUGGGUAGCAUUCUCGCUGCUUUCCAUCGUGUAGUAGCACGUCUUGGGUAUACUAGCAGGUGUGAUGAGAGUCCGCAUCCAGGUGGACGUUGGUGCAUGGGCUCUGGAUCUCCCAGACGAUCCUGAGCUGUGCAAUGGCAAAGUCACCAAGGAGAGUUUGGGCGACUGGGUCUGGAAGCACGGGAAAGAUCAGCUGCUUUCCAGGCUAAGUUUGGCCGUGGAAGAAGCAGAAGCUCCUCCUGAAGAGCCAGAGGAAGAAAAGAAGGACCUUGGCAUCAGUGAGAUGAGAGAAGAGAGCAACAGCCACAACUUGCAGCAGUCCGAAAACACAGAUGAGGAACCUGAACCUAAGUCUGAACCUAAGUCUGAACUUAAGGCUGAACCUAAGGCUGAAGUGGCUGAACCAAAGGCUGAAGAACCUCCCAAGUCUGAAAUGCAGCACCAUUUGGACCUGAUCGAGAGCCUUCAGACGGUCAAGAAGGACUUUUUGGAACGCAUUCAGGACUCGGAUAUUCAGGAUAUCCUGGAAGAAGAAGACUACGAACUAGAGGAGGAAGUGGAAGAAAAGAGAAAUUCCACCUUUGACCGAAAUCCAGCCAAUAUUGCGCUUCGGGAACUUGUAGAUUCCGUCCUAUCUUGGUCGGGUACCGACUAUGGAUUCCUGGCGGCGGUGGAAGAAGAAGAAGAGAUCAAACCGCCGGAACAACCUAAAACGGAUAUGAACGAUGUCAGUGAACUCGAUCACUCGGAUAUCGAAGAUUAUCUCAAGACCAUGAAAAUUGGUCGUCAGUUUGCAGCCGUCAAUGUACCCAUGUACGAUGAUGACGACGACAAUGACCAUAGUGAUUUCUCCUCGGAUUUGGAUAAUGAUACCGACUAUUAUAGCACGGGGGAUGAUGAUUCCAUGGAUUCUUCGGAACGCCGACGCCACGACCCCCUCCAUCGAACACCCCAGCCCAUUACCACGUAUGGACCGGUACAUUAUAAGGAUAUUCCGGGAAGUGUCACUCUCAUGAUGGAUCAGCUACGAUUUGAACCCGUCAAUCCUCUCGACAUGCUACACGAAGGGGAAGACGAAGACAAUAGUGAACAUCACUGUGGAGAUAUCAGUCAGGCCAGUCUUUCCUACAACUACAUGGAGGUAUAUUGGGACAAGGUCGAGAAAUAUCAACUCACACCCAAGGGCGCCAAACGAAAUCUAUUCAAAUUGAUAUACCGCAAGCCAGGAGAAAGUAGUUCGUCGCCCAAAAAAACGGCCCAAGUCAUCCUCAAAAUGAAAUCCAGAGCCGAAUUGGAACGAAUAGCGGAUGAUGUCAAACGUCGAGUUGUACUCCCCUACAAAAAGAAAAAAGACAGCAACAACCCUGACGACGAGAACGAAAAGCUCAAGGAAAAGAGACGGCGACAACGGCGGAGGCGGAAAAAGAGGGCCGAAAAACGAAGGGCAAACGCAGUCCUCACACCACAGCAACGAUCCGUCAUGCUGCCCCCUUCGCUACCGAGACGAAUGACCAGUGAACGAAACUUGUUAAACAACCUUACUACGGCGGAACAAGAAGCAAUCCUCGCCACAGCAUCGUCGCAUUCCAGUACUCAUUCUCCAGCUCCACGACGCCCCACACGAAGGCCCACCAUGGAACACAAAUUGGCAGUGACAACCUUUCUCGACGAUGAAGGUUUUUCGUACGAUAGUGAUAGUGACGAUGACGACGAUGAUGGAGAAAUCCAUCUGUGGGCUGUCCAAGAUCUGCUGAAAAAGUGUCUCGAUCUGAAACGACCGCUCACCUUUCAGGAUCGAAAACGAGAUCGACGCCGCCCGCCCCUCAACCAUAAUACUACAGCCAACAGCCGAGACGAUAAUUCUAAGGAAGUCAACAGCAAUGACAACAACAAAGGAACCACCAAAGCAACAUCAACACCCAAACCGUCCACGGCAUUGCUCCCGGAAAAAUGGCAACAACUCGUGGCGAUCCCCAUAUUCUAUUCAAGCAUGGACAAGCUCAGGUUCAUUUUCGUCUUGGCAUCCACCAACAAGGCAGACGACAACAAUAGCAACUCUCAAGAACACGACAAACUGCCCAAUUUCGGAAGCAAAGUAUUUCAAGAACGGUGGGUACCUUCCGUCACAACCCUAUUGCAAGACCUGCUUCAGCACAAGGCACGCUUGGAACAAUUAUCCACCGUAUCCAAAUCGUUUCAGGAUGUGCAAGGGAAGCUGCGAGAAUCCUUGAGAAGGCACAGCGAUAUGAUUCAUGGAAUCUUACCCCCCAUGGCGGUAUGCAAGCUAAAGAUGCAGCCCCAGCAAUGGAAAACACCCCUGCGGCAGCAAUUCUUUCUUCCCAAGCCAUCCGUCGUACCAGUGAUGGGCGGAAUUAGUGUUGACGACAGCAGUAUAUCUGGGAGCGUGCACAGUCGGUAUGGUUUAUUAGUGGGAGGCGUUCCGUCGAUUGAUAGUGCCAGCACGAUUGCCACCGGGGCACAAACGGCGGAAUCGGAAUUUGGCCUCUUGAGUGUGCCGGAAGAAAAACUCAACAGAAACAAGAAAGGCAACAAAAAGUUGCCAGAACGAAGCGCCAGCACCCAGACUGCUCCGCAACAACCUGCAAAUCCCCAGGCUCGAUCUACCCCGCAGAGAGCUAAAAGCGAAGUUGAGAACAACAACAACAACAACAAUAACAACAGCACCAAUAAUUUGAAUCCUCCCGUCAUUCGUGGCCUCCAUCGACAAGGAUCCGUCACCAACCGUGCUGGAGCCACACGUCCAAUAUUCUCGCGCAUGGGUUCCAAACGGGACAUGAUGAUGAUGCGAGCAAACUCCGCACGGGGUGGUGCACUCAUGAGAAUGGAUUCUGCGAAGAGAGGCAAUUUGAUGCGAAUGGACUCUGGUCGAUUUGGCAGAAGAGGAGUUCCCCGCCUUGAUUCGCUUCGUUCCCUACAUGGCAAUUUGAGUGUCAGCGGAGGCAUGAGUGUGGACACUUUUGAUCAGAGCUGGCGAACCAUGUACAUGGACGAUGAAUCAAUGCACCUUGACGAUCUGUCGCAACAAACCGGAACAGCCAAAAUCAGCGCUUUGAGCCAAGACGUGUCGUACUUGACAAGCCAGAGCAACGUAAAAUACAUCAAUAGCUCGCUCAUUGGAGGAAUCAAGGACGUGCAGGCUUUGUAUGCUGGCCACAAGCCGUACGUGUCAAUUAUGGUGCUCUCGGUUGUGAAUUUCCAACAAAUGGCUUUGGAUCUCCGGGUUGGGCCAAUCAUGGAUAUCCUUGCCAAGCUGCUCUUCACUGUGGACCGACUGUGCGAAAAACACCAAACAAUUAAAGUCGAGGCCAUUGGAAGCAAAAUAGUGAUCAUGUCCGGUUUGUUCACGGGCGAAAACGACGAGGAACAGGCUGGAGAAAGUGCCAAUUCUAGAGAUAGAAAAGCAGCCAUCGACGCACUAGAAAUGACGAAGGAAAUGUUGUCCGAGGGUCAGGCCAUUCAGAUACCGCCCAGGGUAGCCAGCGACGAUGAUGCGUUGGAAGCCGAAACGCUUCGGCUCCGAGCGGGAAUUCAUAUUGGCAGUGUGAAGUACGGCGUGCUUGGACAAAAUAUCCCCAAACUCAAUUGUUUCGGAGAUGACGUGUUCGUGGCGCUGCGGAUGGAACAAACUGCCCCCGACAACUACAUUCGUGUAUCCCGAGCAUUCCACGACAUUGUGGGUGACGCUGAACUGAACUGGGAGGAUGCAACCGAAAUGAUUGAUGUCUCCGAAAGUUCGUCGUCAGUUCCAGCCGCCGAAGCAAGUAUUAUAUCAGCCGCCUCUCCGUCAGUGGCAGCAGAAUCGGGCUUGUCCGUCGACCCCGAUGCGAUGGUCGAAACCUACACGUUGGAACCACCUCCGCCAGCCAUCACAGGAGGCAACUGCAACAAUAGCAUGACCAGCUUUCCAUCGCUUGCUCCGUGGACCAGUUCGGACGUUCUUACCAGUUCGGACCUGCUUUACGGCUCCUCCCACGACCCUGGAGGCGUUCUGCAGGUUCAAAUGGAGGAGUCGUUUGUCAGCGGAGAGUUUGACGUCGACUAAUAUGAGUGCUGGGAGAUUUUCGCCCGCUGUCUGGGCUUGACGACACACUGUCGUUUGCCACACUUUCUCCGACAGACAAGAUUUCAUUCUUGCGCCCGCCUCGAAGUACAAACGGCUCUGGACGGACGGAGCACACCGCCGAGACACAAUCUGCUAAGAAAAUAAACCCUGAUAGACGCAUAACACACAGUAGUUUGCUAAGAAAGUAACUAGCUAUCCAAGAGGAGAAGAAACUAGCU